AUGUCUAGUCUGAGCAUCGCACAGCCUGUGGGGUAUAACAAGUCGUCGUGUGGCUAUUGCAAGCCCAAAGGAACAAGCCGACGCGAUGCCAACGAGACGAGCUUCUCGUACGGGUUUAUUGCCUAUCGACUAUCACCAUCGCAUUACCAGCAACUGAUUGAUCAGGGAUGGCGUCGUUCAGGCAUCUAUAUCUACAAGCCUGACAAUCUCCGAACGUGCUGCCCCCAGCACAGUAUACGGUUGCGUACCUCCUCUUUUCGGCCCUCCAAAGCUCAGCGUCGAGCUGUGGGUCAUUUGUACUGGACCUUGUGCGGCGAUACCAAGCCCUCCAAAUGGAAGGGGAAAUGGGGCGCAUCACGACCAUGGGACCUGGAUGCACACCUUGAGCGUGUCUUUGUCCAGCACGGACACGAGCGACCCCCGCCCAUGCACGGGCCGUAUUCGUCCACGUCUCAUGAGCGUAUCGAAGUCUCUCUGGACAAAGCUAGUGCUACGUCAGAAAAGUACCAGUUGUUUCGCAAGUACCAAGCUGCCAUCCAUGGCGAGGCCCACGACGAAAUUAGCUCGCGACAUGGGUGGGAACAAUUUCUGGUCGAGUCCCCUUUUCCUGAGAAUGAUGACGAUGAUCAAGGUUCUGUGGACAGUCCUACUUUUGGACUUUAUCACCAGGCAUAUCGAUAUCGCGGCCAGCUGAUUGCAGUGGGUGUAGUCGAUAUCUUGCCUCAUUGCGUGAGCAGCGUUUACUUUUUCUAUGAUCCUGCCUAUACAGCUUGGGAGCUGGGGAAAGUCAGCGCAUUGGUAGAGAUCCAACUGGCCAGAUCACUCCAAGCGACUACCCUUCCUGAUCUUUCGUGGUACUACUUGGGCUAUUAUAUACAUACAUGCCAAAAAAUGCGGUACAAAGGCACCUUCAAGCCUGCCGAGCUUCUUGAUACGAUGGACAACCAAUGGUACCCUCUAGAGCAAAUUAUGCCGAACCUAGAGUGUGGGCAGCGUUAUCAGUUUGGUGCUGAGUCAAUUGAUCCGCGGACUUGCGAAAGUGUAUCAUGUCUUGUGCCAUUCUCUGAAGCAGGUGUGGCUGAUCGAUUGCCUAGGCCUUGGCCCCUUGGAUUUGCCGAUCCUACUCGUAUGCUAGUGGACUGCCCUGAAUGCCCCGUGCUGAUCCCUACGAUGUCGUCCCCCAUGCUUGUCACGCUACAGGUCCGUGCUAAUGACAGCUACUUACGUGAUAACAGAUGA